GCAAAAGCAAUGGGCAGAGUAUUAUUUGAACAAGUUUGUAAGCAGCUACAUCUACUAGAGGCAGACUAUUUUGGUUUAGAAUAUUGGGAUACUCAUGGAACAAGGUAUUGGCUGGAUCUCCAAAAACCCAUUUCUCGACAACUUGGUCUUUCACUUGUCGACCCGCUUCUUCAUUUUUGUGUCAAAUUUUAUACUCCGGAUCCUGCACAAUUGGAGGAAGAAUAUACUCGGUACCUUUUUUGUCUGCAGGUUAAGAGGGACUUAUCUCAUGGAGGUCUACAAUGUAACGAAAACACAGCUGCUCUUAUGGCCAGCUACAUAGUUCAAGCAGAAUGUGGCGACUACGUAGCCGAAGACUAUCCAGACCAUACAUAUUUAUCGAGCUACAAAUUUGUACCACAACAAGACCAGGAAAUGGAGAGGAAAAUUAUGGAGAAUCACAAAAAACAUACAGGACAGUCACCAGCAGAAGCAGACUUAAAUUUACUAGAAACUGCACGAAGAUGCGAACUUUAUGGGGUAAAAAUGCACCCCGCCAAAGACCACGAGAAUGUACCUUUAAAUCUUGCAGUAGCCCAUAUGGGAAUCAUAGUUUUUCAAAAUUAUACGAAAAUUAACACCUUUUCGUGGGCGAAAAUCAGAAAAAUAUCGUUCAAGAGAAAAAGAUUUCUUAUAAAAUUACACCCUGAAGGAUAUGGUUAUUAUAAGGACACGGUUGAAUUCUUCUUUGAAGGAAGGGACGAGUGUAAAAAUUUUUGGAAAAAAUGCGUUGAAAACCACGGAUUUUUUCGAUUGUCAGCUGUUAAACAUAUUUCAAGACAUAAAACAAGAGUUCUUUCGAGAGGCAGUUCGUUUAGGUAUAGCGGUAAAACUCAAAAACAAAUAAUUGAAUUCGUUAGGGAUAACUAUGUAAAACGUCAAACAUUCCAAAGGUCGCAAUCUUUUCGGCAUUCUAGCGCUCACUCUAGCGCAACCAACAUGCAUUCGACAACUGUCGGGAACAGCAUUUCCGCGCAUCCUCUGUUGCCGCUUGCUGACAGCAAUUUAAGCGUGGAAGUGUCCAAACUCUCGGCGUCUCUGGGUUCGAUGGAGCCACAUGUACGGGGACGGCCGGGUUCUCCGACGAUGAAGUCAGUCUCUCGCCACCACGCCAUAGCUACAUCCUGGAGCUCGGUCCCAGACACCAGGCCUACCACACAACCACCCAUUCAGACGAUGAGCUCGCCGCCCUCGCCUCCUCUUCAGAAGACACAACCGGCGUCAUCUCCAGAGGACUCUGCAACCACGAGCCCCAUGAAGCCCACUAUUACCAGCUCGCCUCUCGCCGUUCGCGUAGCUGUUCACAGGGCCGAUACAGAUAACACCAAAAAAGAUUUGAUAGACAGAACCAAAGUUAAUAACAGCAAUGUAUUAGAUAAUAAUAAUUUCUAUACCUCAACCCCUUUGAGAACAACUAAUGGGAACCUAUCAGAGAUAUCCCUCUCCACUUGCAGUGAUAACUAUUAUAGUACUAUAAACACUUUAAAUAGUGAGGAUAGUCCAUCUAAAGUAUUAGCUAAAGAGCAGCUAAUGAAUAGUAUUAAUGCUAAUACUAUACUAAAUGGAAAUACAACUAAUACUACAACAAUUAUUGCCGACAUAGAAGGCGAGACCAAGAAAAAGCCCAGAUACAUUUUGGAUAAGACUUACUAUAUUGCCAAGGAAAUAUUGAUGACCGAAUUGACAUAUAAGAAAGAUUUAGAUAUCAUCAAUGUGUGGUUUAGAGAUGAAAUAGGAAAAGAGGAACCAGAAGAAUGUCAAAUUCUUUUAUCACUGAUCACGCCAUUAGCUCAAGCUCAUGGUUUGUUAGUUAAGGAUCUUGAACAGAGAUUGCAAGGUUGGGAUAGUACAGGAGGACCAAGGGCAGCAGCAGGAAGGAUUGCUGACGUUCUUUUAGCACAUUUGCCCCCUCUUUUACCCAUCUACGAGGAAUAUCUAGAUGGACAUAUGUUAGUCUUAGAACGUUUAGAUACAGCUUUUAAACAAAACAACCGAUUUGAGCAACUUUAUCGAGAUUUUGAGACUCAAAAAGUGUGUUAUCUUCCAUUAACAACUUUCGUUUUAAAGCCCCUACACCGGUUGCUUCAAUAUCAGGCACUAUUGCAGCGACUAUUAAAACAUUAUGGGCCUAAUCACCCUGAUAGGGCUGACUGUUUGACAGCCAGUGACACUCUAAAGGAUUUGAUGGUACCUGUUUCUGAAACUUUGGAACAGUCGAAAAAUCUGGCGACAUUGUGUGAGUUGCAAAGGGAUAUAGUUGGGUUUGACAAUUUAGUACAAUCUGGUAGAAAGUUUAUAAGACAUGGAUGUCUGUUGAAGCAUUCCAGGAAGGGGUACCAGCAGAGGAUGUUUUUUUUGUUUUCUGAUAUCCUUCUCUACACAUCCCGGUCCCAAGCUACACUUCAGUUUAAAGUUCAUGGUCACAUGCCUUUGCGGGGUGUCUUAAUAGAAGAACCAGAUGGGGAUUUGACAUUCAACGGGUUAAUAAUCUAUGGAGGCAACAGAGCACUGACGGUUGCAGCUAAUUCUCCAGAAGAAAAAGAAAAAUGGAAAAUAGAUUUACAGAAUGCCAUUCAGCUGGCCAGAGAUAAGUCUGAUACGAAGAUUACUUAUUUGAGCCUAAAAAGUUGCAGUUCUUCGGAUGAACACAUUGAUCAAGCAGAAAAUAAUGACGUGGGGACCCAAACUAAACCUCAAGCUCAAAGAAGUAACUCGACAGUACAUGUUUGCUGGCACAGAAGUACAAGUAUAAGCAUGAAAGAUGAGUUGCUUGCUGUUGAGAACCAACUUUCGGGAUAUCUGCUUAGAAAAUUCAAAAGCAGCAAUGGCUGGCAAAAGCUUUGGGUGGUAUUUACAUCCUUCUGUCUUUUCUUCUACAAAGGUUGUUUAGAUGAAUUUCCACUGGCAUCUUUGCCCCUUUUGGGGUACUCGGUGGGGCCUCCACAGGUCGAUGAUCAGAUUGGAAAGGACUAUGUGUUUAAACUACAAUAUAAAAAUCACGUUUAUUUUUUUAGAGCUGAAUCGGAAUACACUUACACGAGGUGGAUGGAGGUAAUAGGCAGUGCUACUCAAAGCAGAUUAAAAAAAAAAUUGACUUUAGUAAAUGAAAAUAAAAUAGAAACUUCCACUGAAAAGUAACAAGCUUAAAAACUACUUAGUAUUUUAUUGGAAUUUUCUAAUAAUUUUAACUCUCGUUUCUAUUUUAAAUUUCAAAAAAAAAACACAGGUCUUCCAUAUUUUAUCUGGUAUUAUACACAGGAUAAUAUUUAUUGUAACAAUAUUUUUCAUUCAAAUUGAUUAUUUGUACAUUCCACGCAAAUUAAUUUAAAAAACUAGGAUUCCAUAAUAAGUAUUUUUUUACGUAGUUUGCAUUUAAAAAAAUAUAUUUAAACAAUGUACACAGUUUUUUUUUAUUUAAAUGAAUGAACAAAAAAUGACUGUCAAAAAAAUAGUGCCUUUAUUUUUUAUUAUUUAUAUAUUUUAAUUAGAAAGUUGCAAUAUUUGUUUUUAAAUAUAACAUUCGGAAGAGUUUAUUCUAAAACAUUAAUAUAUAUUUUUCAAAUUAAUGAUCAAACUGAAAAUUUUAAAAUUCGAAGUAUUUUAUAAGGAAGUAUUAACAUUUCAUAUAGAUAUUAUAAAUCCUGAAAAAUAAUUCUUUUCCAUAUUAUUUUUGUAAAUAUGUACAUUUUAUGGAGAAUGCAUUAUUUUUACUUUUUCAUAACUUGGCAGCUUUUAAUUGUAUUUUUAUUAUAUUAAUUUAGAUAUCUUAAGUGUAAGUGUUAUUUUAUUUAAACAGAAUAAAGUGGU